AUGGAGCCCCGCCCACUUCCGGUCCUGCCCCCGCCCACCCUCCGCCUCCUCGCCCUCCAUUGGCUGCAGGAGGACUCCACGCCCUUUGACCCCACCUCUGCCCUCUCGGGCCAGGCCCCGGCUCGGGCCCAGCUCCUCAGCAAGGCCUCAGGUGUCCUCGCAGGCCUCCCCUUCGCCGAGGCCGUCUUCCGGGAGCUCCGAUGUCACUUCCGGCCCCUCCUCCCGGAAGGCUCCGCCCUCACCGGAAGCCGCUCUGUAGUCGCCGAACUCUAUGGUCCCGCCUGGGGCCUACUCGCCGGUGAGCGCCCGGCCCUCAACUGCCUAGGCCGCUGCAGCGGCGUCGCCUCUAUGGCCGCGGCAGCCAAUGGGGUGGCGAGGCAACAAGGCUGGACCGGAUUGGUCGCCGGGACCCGGAAGACGACCCCCGGCUUCCGGUUGGCGGAGAAGUACGCGCUGAUGGUGGGCGGGGCCCAGGAGCACCGCUGGGGGACGGACGCGCUGCUAUUGGUCAAGGAUAAUCACGUGGUGCUGCACGGGGGCGGCGUGGAGGAGCUGGUCUCUGCCGCUCGCUCUGCUGCUGGUUUCUGGCGUCGAGUCUCCAUUGAGGUCAGUUCUGAGGCUGCUGCUGUUGCUGCUGCUGCUGCCGGAGCCGACAUCGUCCUCAUGGACAACUUCAGCCCCGAGGCCCUGCACAAGGCCGCGGCCGCCGUCAAGGCCUCCUGGCCCCACGUCCUGGUUGAAGCCAGUGGGGGCAUCACCCUGAGCUCCCUGCCCCACUUCCUGGGGCCCCACAUCGACGUGGUCUCCAUGGGCUGCCUGACCCACAGCGCCCCUGCCCUGGACUUCGCCCUCAAGGUCCUGCCCCAUAGCGAGCAAGGGGGGGAUGAAUGGGGGGCAAUGGAGGCGUGGGAACAGCCCCCCCCAUAGGCAUGAAUGGGGCUACGGAGGCCACGCCCCCUCCCCCGUGGGAACCGCCCCCCCCCCCGUGGGAACCACCCCCCCCAUAGGCAUGAAUGGGGCGAUA